AUGAAGACAGAUGAAAAUCUCUUGGAGGAGAUGUUGGAGAGGUCAACAAAUCCUUCCCAAGUUGAAGUAGACAAUAUGGCUGUGCAAAUUUUUUGUAUGCUGGUGAAUAAUAACAAAGAUGCAUUGGUGGAAAAGGCCCAACAAUUAAUUGUGGACAAAAUAAAAUCGCAUAAUACAACCGAAGCAGACAAAGCAAUUGGGUUACUAGAGGAAUGCAUGUCGAAGGGCGGUGAAGAUUUCCAAAGGAAAACCGCCAAAUUUGUCUUCCUAAAUAAAUUAAUUGGCUUGGUGUUGGAUAAACCAACAGGACCACCAGGAUCUUUGCCUGAUCCCCCUGUACCAUUGCAAACCAAAAAACGCAUCAUGGAAUGUUUAAUGCUGUGGACCGUAGAACAUGCCGAUAAAAAUAAAAUUCUAGAAGCCUAUGAUAAUCUGAAAAAACAAAUUAAUUUUCCUCAUGGACCGGCUGCAUCGGUUAAUAAUGCCAAGUCCAUUUUGGGUAAAGAUGAUUUACUGGUAGCAAAACUAUUAAAAGAGGGUGGCGAAGAGAAUUAUCGCAAGGCCAAUUUGGUAAUACAACAUCGUUUCAAUCAGGAGGCAAGGCGUAUUGAAUUUAUAUGUCAUUUAAAAUCGGAAUUGAAGAAAAUUGAAAAUACCAUGGAAUUGUUGGAGCAAAUGAUAAAUGUAUAUUCAACGGAACCAUCGUCCACAGAUGAUAAGGAGAUAAUGCAAAGUCUGUACAGUACCUGUGAGGGACAUAAUGAACAAAUGGCAAGAUGGCCAGAUUUUUUGGGUGAUUCGGAACCGGAUUUUUUGUCGGAUGUUUUGAUAACCAAAGAUCACCUUUUUUCCCUAUUACAACGUUACAAUGAAUUAAUUAAUGGCUCGGAUGAAAAUAAAUAUCAAACUAAAACGGCUACGACAACAACAAAUCAUGUAAUUGCAGGUUCCAAUGCAACACCCUUGAUAAAUACAUCAAGAUCAUUCGCAUCUGCAUCAGCUUCAGCCAAUUCAACGACAUCAAAUGCUGAUAUUCUCUCAGAACUUUUGGGUGACACCACCCUUAAUCCUCCUACAACAACACCAUCUGCCAACAAUAAAGUUGAUAAUGCAAAAACCAAGGCGGAUAAUAAAAAUUCAACUUUAGACGAGUUAACAGAAAUAUUUGGCAGUAUUGAAACUAAAAAUAAUGAGUCAACAAAUUAUCCUACAGAUUUACUUAAUAAUUUGGAUUUAUUGGAACCGAUAAGUGUUUUCAAGACAAAGGCAAAAAUGGAAGCGGAAAAUGAAAAUUCGACAAAAACAACAGAUGGUGGUGGUGUUGAAACACAAAAACAACAUGGCUUCAAGGAGUUAAGGGAAAUCGAUAAAAUAAGCGAAGAGUUGUUUAAGAAAAGCCUGCAAAAUGAGCAGCGGCAAGCGACAUUUAAAAAAGAACCUGAGAAGGUAACCCUUAAUGAUUUGGCCAAAGAUAAAAUGCAAAUUUCCUUGAAAUCACAACAACAACAAAAUGGCAAUACUACAACAAUGGAUUGUAAAUCAAACGAUGAACCCAUGUUGAUGAGUGAUAUCACUAACACAGAUGAAAAGAAAAACUCCUUGGAGAUAGAAAACGAAAAACCAAUAACUGAUUGCGUUUCUAUAGAAUCAAAUGAAGAAAAUAAGACUAUUGAAAAUAAUGCCAUAAAGCCGCAGCCAUUAUCCUCCCCAGCUACUGUGGCGACCAGCAGCAAACCUUUGGCAGAAAUACAAAUCGAUUUGGAUCAAUUAACACCCAUUGCCGAGGGCCAGCGAAUACUCAUGGACGAUGAAGACAUUGAGGUUUCAUUAAAUUUCACUUCAGAUCGGCCUUCACCACAUGUUUCGGUUAUUGUAAUGUCGGUUGUGAAUAAGUCACGACUGCCAGUGGAAGAUUUUCAGUUUGAGGCAAGUGUGAAAAAGCCCUGCAAGGUACGUUUGCUGCCACCCACAGAUACCAGAUUGACUCCACGCAAACCAUUCCGACCCUCAGAGCCAAUUAAUCAAGUGAUUUUGCUUAUGAAUCCCACUGAAAAGGCUGUGGAUGUGACAUGUAUUGUGGGCUAUAGAUUGGGUGACGAUCCCGAUCCUGUAAAGGAGUCAAUUAUUGCAAAAAAUAUUCCCUAUGUUUAG